AUGGCCAAUGAAGAUUCUUUACAGCCAUGGGUGACGGCCACCACCGUGUCGGUGACGGUGCUCGCCUUUGUCAUGGUCUGUCUGCGACUGUUGGCCCGGUGUGAGAGGAAACAGAAACUGUGGUGGGAUGACUGGAUGAUCGUAUGGUCCAUGGGCUGGAAUCUUGUGGUCGUCGGCUUCAUCUUCGCCAUGGUCAAGGAAGGCAUGGGACUACAUGCCGACACGAUCCCCAUCCAUAACAAUGUGAUGAUUGCCAAAUUCCUUCUCGUCGCCGAGAUUCUCUACGUCUUCAACCUCGUCUGGACCAAGCUCAGCAUUCUGUUCAUGUACUACCGCAUCUUCCACUUCCCCUACUUCAAGCGGUGGGCCUACAUCAUCGGCACCUUUGUCAUUCUCUGGGUCAUCUGCAUCACCUUUCUAUUUGUCUUCAUCUGUGUCCCCGUCCAGAAGCUCUGGUAUCCUGAUCUGCCGGGUCGCUGCAUCAACCAGGUCGGAACCUGGAUCGCCAAUGCCGUGUCGACCAUUGUCACCGAUCUAGCCAUCUUGUUUCUGCCUAUGCCGCAGGUCUGGAAGCUCCAAUUGCGGCCGUCGGAAAAGGUGGCCUUGACAGUCGCCUUUGGCCUAGGAUUCUUUGUCGUCUUCGCCUCGGCCUAUCGCUUCAGCGUCCUCUUCUCUUACAGCCCCCUUGAUCCCUCGUACACACUCGCCCCCACCGUCGGAUGGACUGCGAUCGAGAUGUCUGCUGGCAUUGUCUCCGCCUGCCUGCCAGCCUUGCGGCCCGCCCUUCAGUGCAUUGUCCGCGCGCUGGGCAUUCAAAGUGCCAUGCCGGCCCUGUUCCGCAGCCGGACCAGCCCCAUGUCCAAGACUGGUGAGUCUAGUCCCAGUCAGAACGGCUUAGCCAACAACGGUGCGGGCACUGGGCUGGGCCUUUCGCAACACAGUCGGCGACACUCCUUCUAUCAUCUUCCCGACGAAAUCGACUCGGCGGGGAACGGCAUGACACCCGAGCAGCUGGAUGCGUCUCUGCGACCGGAGUAUGACCAUGUCCACAUGGUCACCAACGUACUGGGACCGAGAGGCAAGGAUGUGGAUCGUAACAGUGAUGAAAUUCCUUUGCAUGGCAUCCGUGUACAGAAGGACUUUACCAAGGUCAACCAGUGA